AUGUGCAAUAAUACUGAAACAUCAAAUAUAAGAAAAUUCAAACAACUCCAACAUUUGUCAUUAAGUGGCUGGCUUCUAGAUGACAUAAUUCAAGGAAUAUCCGAAACAACAACACUCUUAGAACUCAGUCUUCUCAACUCUUUUGUGAGUGGAAACUGCUUGUACAAUCCUGUUGAUAUUUUUAAUCAAUUUGUAAAUUUAAAAUAUAUUGACAUUGAUAAUCCAUGGGGAAUAAAUACUCCAAACGUACUCAAUAAUAUUUUAAAUUCAUCCAAGAGUAUAAGAUAUUGCAAUAUUAUGUUGCUUCCAGAUUGGGAUGCACCUGAUAUUUCAAUUAAAGAUUGGGAUAAUCUUCAAAACUUGGAACAUCUCGACAGCAGUCUUCUUGCUAUUGCUUAUUCAUGCGAAAAUCUACAAAAAUUAGAUAUAAGUUCAUGCUUUUAUAUUACUGAAGCAGCUCUCAUGUCUCUAACGACCUUGGAAAAAUUAGAAGAAAUAAGUGUCGGUAAUAUUGAUGGUGUUACAGAUAAUUUUAUCAGUGAAUUGAAAGGAUUAAAAAAACUUUUUUGUGAAUAUUGUAAAAAUAUUACUGAUGCUGGUAUCAUCGAAUGUAUAAAAAAUUGUCCGAAUCUUGACACUCUUAAUCUCUACCACUCUAACAUUACAAUUAACACGUUAACUGGUGCUGAUGAAAUAACUAAAAAUCGUACAAAUAAUAUUGCUUUGUGUAUAUUCUUUGAAGAUUUUGCAGAAGCUUUGACGUUCCAAACUGAAUCUUACUGGUUAAAUCUUCGCCCCGGCUGUUUGAUACCAAUUGAAUAA